AUGGCGUUGAAAGCCAGAGCGCUUUACAACUUCCAGAGCGAAAACAAAGAGGAGAUCAGCAUCCAGGAGAACGAGGAGCUCAUCAUCUUCAGCGAGAACUCUCUGGACGGGUGGUUACAGGGCCAAAAUAGCCGUGGGGAGACCGGCCUCUUCCCUGCUUCCUACGUCGAGAUCCUCCGCUCCCGGUCAGGCUCCAACUACACGGACUAUUCCAGCAGCCCGGUCGGCUCCCCCGGGCACGAUUCCUCCUUGUAUUCAGCAUCCCCCAAUCCUGGCAUCUCCUACCAGGGCAGUUUUGAGGACGAUGAUGACGAUGAUUGGGACGACUGGGACGAUGCGUGCACGGUGGUGGAGGAGCCCCGGAGCGUGCCGGGCACCAAUGGGCACCCCUCGCCCAGCCUGCAGUACCCGGCGGCCUAUGGCCACCACCAGCACGCUGGGUACCGGCCCAAGCCGGCGCUGGAGAGGCAGGACAGCAUGAGCUCCUCCAAGAGGGGCAGCGUGGUGGGGAGAAACCUCAACCGCUUCUCCUGCUUCGUUCGCUCCGGGGUGGAAGCCUUCAUCCUGGGUGACGUGCCCUUGAUGUCCAAGAUCUCCGAGACCUACUGCAUCGAGAUGGGCUCCAGAGGCCCGCAGUGGAAGGCCAACCCCAACCCCUUCAUCUGCUCCGUGGAGGACCCCACCAAGCAAACCAAGUUCAAGGGCAUCAAGAGCUACAUCUCCUACAAGCUGACCCCCAGCAACAUCAACUCGCCCGUGUACCGGCGGUACAAGCACUUCGACUGGCUCUACAACCGCCUGCUGCACAAGUUCACGGUGAUCUCGGUGCCCCACCUGCCCGAGAAGCAGGCCACCGGCCGCUUCGAGGAGGACUUCAUCGAGAAGCGCAAGAGGCGGCUGAUCCUCUGGAUGGAGCACAUGACCAGCCACCCUGUCCUCUCCCAGUACGAGGGCUUCCAGCACUUCCUCUGCUGCCGCGACGAGAAGCAGUGGAAGCUGGGCAAACGCCGGGCAGAGAAGGACGAGAUGGUGGGCGCCAGCUUCCUCCUCACCAUCCAGAUUCCCACGGAGCACCAGGACCUGCAGGACGUGGAGGACCGUGUGGAUGCUUUCAAGGCCUUCAGCAAGAAAAUGGAUGACAGCGUCCUGCAGCUGACCAACGUGGCGUCGGAGCUGGUGCGCAAGCACGUGGGGGGCUUCCGGAAGGAGUUCCAGAAGCUGGGCAAUGCCUUCCAAGCCAUCAGCCACUCUUUCCACAUGGACCCUCCGUACAGCUUGGAUGCCCUCAAUAAUGCCAUCUCCCACACAGGCAAGACGUACGAGGCUGUGGGGGAGAUGUUCGCCGAGCAGCCCAAGAACGACCUGUUCCUCAUGCUGGACACUCUCUCCUUGUACCAAGGGCUCCUCUCCAACUUCCCUGACAUCAUCCACCUUCAGAAAGGCGCCUUCGCCAAGGUGAAGGAGAGCCAGCGGAUGAGCGACGAGGGCAGGAUGGACCAGGAGGAGGCGGACGGGAUCCGCAAGCGCUGCCGCGUGGUGGGCUUCGCCCUGCAGGCUGAGAUGAACCACUUCCACGAGCGGCGCGUGGCCGACUUCAAGAGGAUGAUGCAGUCCUACCUGAGGCAGCAGAUCGUCUUCUACCAGCGCGUCAGCCAGCAGCUGGAGAAGACGCUGCGCAUGUACGACAACCUCUAAC